ACUACGAUUUCUUUCUCACUUCCUUCCGACACUUCAGCCUGCUAUUCCCCUUCCAUUUAUAUAUGUUCUAAGGUCCUUACAUACGAUGCGUCAAAUGACACAAUGCAUAAAUGAAAGAUAUUUGCUAUGAGUAUGAAAUAGUGUUUCUAUUGUAAGUAUAUUAAUCAAAAGCACAUAGUCUAUCAAUAGGCCUGGAUAACGUUAAGAACCGAACUUAUAUCACAAUUAAUGAAAAGCAAUACGAUACAAUGGCUUCAGCGUCCAGUACAAGCGCACGUAGCUUGUUCAUUGAAUCAAAGAUGAGACUAGCAGAUAGAGUGCAAGUUAAUGUAAAUAACAUUGCUUCUCUUGCCAGACAGAUACAGCGAGGUUCAAAAAGCAGUGAGAUUUUAAUGCAUGCAGCAAGAAAUUUUGCACAGCAGGAACAUGGGUUAGAAAUGAUAGAAUCUAGUUUAAAGAAACUUACACUUAUUAGUACUCAUUUAGAGUACCAAAUGGAUGCAAUUGACAAAAAUUCUGCACUGUUGGAAGAAGUUACUGAGCAAGUACGAUCCAUGCAACGAUAACAUAUUAUUUAAAAAAAAUAUAUAUAUAUAUGUAUUUAUCGAGUUGUAUUUAUAUAUAAAUAUAUAUUUAUAUAUUAUAUAUACGAGGAUUGUCCAUAAAGAAACCAAACUUUAAAAAA